CUCUCACUCUGGCGGCUCUCGAAUCACCGUGCUGCAGCUGCCUAUAUACCCCAGUAAGCGCUGAACUGCACAGCUUAUGCAGAGCGCCCAAAGAGAGCGCCAGGCGCUAAAGGCAUACCCGAGUCUUCGCCGUAAAGCGGUUCGACAUUCGAAUUUCAGAACGAUGUGAAGGUUCGCAGCGCUUAUUCGACCGUGUAUGCGUCGAUGUGGAUGCUGACACCUCAUGGCAUGUGCGUGGCGUAGGACCAUACAUACAACCAAUCCGAGGUUGGCGGAGGAUGCUUCCCGCCGGAUUGCGCUGUGUGGCACAUAAGGCAGCGCUUGGGGCAAUAUUACUGGCGCCCUCUACCAGCGCACUCAUCUCUUUAAACGCUCUUCCGACGACCUCGCACACGACUAGGCAUGCAAGACCCUGCCGCACCUUUUGGCUCGUGGGAUGUCGACCUCGACAUUCUCGUAGUCCAGGAGUCGAACAGCUGGACGCCACUGCACUUGAACAGUCGGCGCCACGUCAUGACGCACCAGACAGAGUCGGGCACGUACGCGGUGAAGUGGUGGUACACUGGCGAAGAGGAUGCCGACGUGUUGCGCCAGCUCUGUGUGGGCCUUCAGGCCGGCGACUGCGUUGUUCCCCCCGUUGGGCGAGUCUUCGAAAAAGACACCAUCAUCGGAUACGUGAUGCGCCAGGAAACGACGUUCGAUCCUCGUCUGAUUACCUCCAAGGAUGACCGCUACUUCGCUAUCCGUGAGGUCUGCGACCUCGUGAGCCGUCUUCACGCGAAGGGGAUUGUCCAUGGCGACGUGAAGCGCAUGAACCUCGUACGCUGUGCCGAUGGCGCCCUUCGUUUCAUCGAUCUCGAGUGCAUGUCCGUGGUCGGCGACGGUUUUGUGGCUUCUGUCGCUACCGACCAAUACAUCUCGCAGCAGCGGCAGUUUCGCCACGGUCAUAAUCCCGAAGCUUUAUCCUUUGACGAAGAUUACCACUCCCUCGCCCUGCUCAUUUUCGAGAUCUCCACCAGGCACGAUGACUUCUACGGCUUUGGCCUAACCUCCUCGGAGAAUCUGGAGGAUUGGUCGACUGCCUGUACUGACGUCUCACUGGCGGGCAUGCCGCCGGAUGUCAGCCAGAUUGACGACCCGGAGAUCGCCCAGCUCAUCAUGAGCUAUUUCAACCGAGGACCGCCGCGUAUACUAUCCUUGGAUAAUACGGAGACCAUCUGCGUGCUGCAUGAACUGCCCCUGCGCUGCAUGCCCGGAGCCCGCCACACUUACACGCGCCUUGUUCAGUGCUUGACCUGUUCCGACGGCGCCCGGACAUCACCUUGUCCCAGACUCUUCGUUGCGCCACCUGCAACUGAGGAAGAGAAAGGCAGUCCUGCAUGCGUUCAAUGCCUUCCUCAUAUCAAACAUACCGGACUCGACUAGCAAGGGAAUAGACGUUCACGAUUUUUAUAUUUACUAGCGAUUGACGUGUUGCUCCUGUAGUAGAUAUCGCAGAAUUAAAGGAAAACAGCGGUAUAGUCCACUGCAAUCCUGAUCAUUUACCCCC